AUGGGUUCGCGCGAUCUUGGCCACCAACAGAGCAGACACGAUACUUUAGGAUCUCGCCGAGAUGGCCGACAAGGUGAUGGACAACCUACGCAACGGGGAGCUGUUGGCCGUGAACGCUGGCUCGGCUCGCAGCUCGUCGUCAACCCCAACCGUGGCGGAGGUGAACAUCUAGCUGUUGACCCAGAUGAAGACUAUGGCACUGGAGCUCAAGAGGCUGCGCAGUGA